AUGGUCUUUAGAACCUUCAGCAGCUCGGAGGAAUCGGACCCGGUCAAGGACCUGCACACACUCUCUCGGCUCUGCCGUCACUGGCUGAGGCCAGAUCUGCACACCAUGGAGCAGAUUUUGGAUAAGUUGGUGAUAGAGCAGUUUCUGAUCUCCAUGUCCCCGGAGCUCCAGGUCUUGGUCAAGGAAAGUGCUGUGGAGACUUGCAAAGACCUGGAGAACCUGCUAAGAAAGAACGAGAAACCCAAGAAAUGGACCAUAGUCACCAUUGAAGGGAAAAUGUUUCUUGAGAAGAAGUCAGAUGUCCAGACAGAGGAAGCAGAAGUCAGUGACAUGGACCACGUGUGGGACUUGUCCAUGAGGUCCCAAUCCUUCUCAUGUAAGAUGGAGAUCCAUCCUGAGGACAGCCAGGAGGUCAACCAAGAGCUGGAGAAUCAGUCAGGAAUCAGUGAGAUGUCAAGUGAGCAGGGAGAGAAAGUCCUCCUGCCAGAGACGAUUCCCAAGAAAGGUGACCUGGAGGGUCUGAGUCCCACGCAGAUGUUGGAGGAGGACCUGAUGCAAGAUGAAGAAGAGACCACAGUACUUACAUCUCCAGAGCCUCAGCUUCUGAGGGGUCCAGGUGAGAAGCCAUACAGCUGCAAUUUCUGCAAGAUGACCUUCACCCACGAAUCCACGCUGCGUGGCCACCAGAGGGUCCACACAAAGGAGAGACCUUACCUAUGUAAAGUCUGUCACAAAUCUUUCAGCCACAAAGGGAACCUCAACGUUCACCUGCGCAUCCAUUCUGACAUGAAACCCUACCUGUGUCACGAGUGUAACCAGGCCUUCCGCCAACUGGGAACUUUGAAAAGGCACCAAAAAACACACAUCAACAGGACUCCCCAGUGA